UUUGUAAGCGCCGGCACGUUUUUAUCGCGCUCAUCUGCGGCAGCUGCGAGCCUCUAUCUCGGAGUGUCUGCAUCCGCUGUAUAGUCGCGCCCUAUUUGAAGCUGCAGUAAGAACCCCGUCGUUCACUGCACACAACAAUUGAGAGGAAGAUGGCCGCUGCAGACGCAGCUUUCACCGGAAGGCUGGCCCUGGUUACGGGAGGUGCCGGCGGAAUCGGCCAGGCAGUGUGCCGCACAUUGGCUGCCGAAGGCUGCAUCGUAGUGGUCGCUGACAGGCAGUUCGACGCAGCGAAGAAGGUUGCGGAGUCUCUUCCAGGUAACGCCAAGCACCUGGCCUUUUACGUGGACGUUGGCGAUUCUUCGUCCGUGGAGCGGCUCUUCGGUGACAUCAGGAAAACAUUCUCGGAGCCCCUCAGCAUAGUCGUCAACGCGGCGGGAAUUUUGCGCAAGUGUUCCCUGGUUGAUUGCACCGAUGAUACAUUCGAUGACGUCAUCCGGGUAAACCUCAAGGGCACCUUCUUGGUGAAUCGUGCCGCUAGCCGCGACAUGCUCCGAUCCGGCAUACCGUUGCCCAAAGGUGGUGCCGUCAUCGUCAACAUAUCCAGCAUCGAGGCCAAGAACGGCUCGUGGUCGUCGGCGGCGUACUCCGCUUCCAAAGCUGGCAUCGUGGCCCUCACCAAGUCGGCGGCAACGGAGCUCGCGGGACAUGGCAUCCGCUGCAACGCCGUGCUUCCUGGCUGGACGGACACUCCCAUGGCAGAAGGUGGUGACGAUGCUGUCAAGGCUCAGGCGCUGGCACUGAUGCCCAUCAAGAGGCCCGCUGAGCCCCGUGAGAUCGCGGAAGCCAUCAAGUUCCUCUGCUCACCGACUGCCAGUUCCUAUGUCAACGGCGCGGCUCUUGAAGUCACUGGAGGCUUCUGCAUGUGAAUUCACUACGUGCGCAUCACCUAUAGGCUUUCUGAUACGACUGUAGACCGACACAUUUCCUACCAACGCAUGGAUUUAACGCAUUUAAAGUUUACUAAUAAGAAAAUCGACAAUUACGCUUUUGCCUUCAUCAGCUUCACCGCGUUACUGUUUUGUAGAACGGUGAAACAUUCUAAAAAUGAAUAAAGCCGUCGUGCAGAGAUGCGUGUGCUCCCUGGGGCCUAUACUCAUUGAGAUGACUUACCGGUAGAUCGCGCUACUUCGUGAUCUUCUACAGAUUGCAUACACUUGAGUUGUACACU